AUGCGCAAUUCAAGUCUUAUUUUAAUAUGGGCGAUAUUAUCGUUCCAGCGCCUAGUAUGGGCUUUGAACAUACCUCAGCCGCUAAUACCCGGCAAUGCCGGUGGGGAUUCAAUGGUUGGACUGCCAUGGAAACCAGGUUUCCCCCCCUUACUUACCGUCACCCGCCCGGUUUCGACAGUACAAAUUUCGACAGUACAUGUCACCGUUCCCGCAAGUUCUACUAAUAUUUUAGUUUCAACUAGUACUCAAAUAUUAAGCCCAACAGCACAUCCACCGUCCACUUCUUCUUCAACUUCCGCAGCUGUUUACGAACAGGACGCGCCAGAAAGAUACCACCGGCUUAGUCCUGGUGUAAUAGCGGCCACCUGUAUUGGGGGGAUCACGUUAUUGGUGUCAUUCGUUUUACUCCUACUCUGGAUCCGCUGUCGGAGAGCCAGGUGUUCAUCCGAGCCUCAUCCUACAACGCCUUCACCCUUCUAUUCGACUACAACCUCGAACAAAGAAACCGAAAAAGAACGUCGAGCACGGAGCGCUGGAUCACCCAAUCACUUGAAUCAAGACAGACCACCGUCGACAAUGGUGAACGAUUCUUCCUCCUUCAUCACAGAGUUGGCACCUCCACCCUACGAUGAUCGGAAAAGGAGAGUUGAGUGUGAAGGACGGCCUGGAGGUUUGAUUAAUGCGUCUCCAGCUGAAGAAGCGAGCUCCGAAAGCUCGUCAACGCUAUUCGAAUCGGGGAACGGAUAA